CGGCAGCGCAUGAGAAGCAGAGAGACAGCGACACAGAGAAAAGAGAGAGAGAGAGAGAGAGAGCAGGGAAGGGGGAGGCUACAUAUUCUUUCACCUACCCUCCGUCAAACCACAGGAAGGAGGGGCCAGACCCUAAGCUGCCAAUCAAAUCCGCUCGUGGCAGCCGGCAUUAUCUCAGCAACAAACUAUUGACAGAUUACAUGUCAAGGAGUUUAGUGCAUGAUUGAAGGAAGCCCUUUUUUUUAUCUAGUUACUUUUCCGCUCUGUUUCCCCCCUCCACCAGCCUCCAUUCGAAUGACUUUCUAACAGAGUUGAGUAAUAUUAUGAAAGUUACAUGUCUGAGAGGAUUUAACUUCGACUUCCCUGAAUAUGCUUCCUGUUUGUUUUCUGUCACUGGCGGUUCAUUCCACCUUCACGCCACGGCUGUGAAAGCAGCUGAAAGGAGUUUAUGCACUGAAACGACCUCAGGAAAAUCCAAGAUGGCCGCCAAAAGGAAAGGUGGCCUAAAACUCAAUGCUAUCUGUGCCAAGCUGAGCCGCCAGGUGGUGUUCGACAGCAGCUCCCAGAAUGCAGAGGGAGACCAGAGUGUAGCAGAAAACAGCGAGCGUGGCAGUUCCCACUAUGAUGAUAAUGAGACCAACUUUCCCGAGAGCCUGAGUCUAAGUCAGAGCCUAGAGGAGGACCAGAAGAGACGUGAGGCCAUUGAGAAGUGGGUCAACGGUGAGUACGCCGAUGAGCCGCCACUUCCCGACUGCGACGAUGAACAGGAGCAUGGACUCAAAGUCAGCAAUGACGAAGACGGCCCCCCUGAGGGCGUAUACAUGGUACAGCCCAAAGGCUGCAGCGAUGAUGAAGAUAAUGCGGAGGAGGCCGAGCCGCUGACGGGGUCUCAGGAUGGCAGUUUCCAUGACGACAAAGACGCUGAAGACAGGGCUUCUAAAGACAACGCCUACAUGGCACCAAGUGAGGCCCAGAGUCGCCAAGCACCUUUCUCCUCUCCAGGAGAAGCAUCUGCCCUGCGAGACUAUGCAGCCAACACCAUGAAUGAGUUUUUGGGAAUGUUUGGAUAUGAUGACCAGCAGGUAAGGGAUGAGCUGACCAAGAAGAUCAGCUUUGAGAAGCUCAAAGCCUCUACCUCAGAUCCCUCAUCCCUCAGCAGCGAGGAGGCCUCACGGCGAGCUCGCUUCUCCAAGUACGAAGAGUACAUCCGCAAGCUGAAAGCAGGCGAGACCCUCCCCUGGCCCAUGCAUGCUUCCCCUCCCAAACCAGAAGACCUCAACUCAAAACUGGCCCAAGACAAGAGCGCCACCAUGCUCCAGACCUCUGGGGGCCUCCCAGGGGCCGAGGCACAGAUCUACCCCUCCAACCUGGACCAUAAACAGCCAGGGGGACCUCAGCUGGGUGCCACUCAGCCACCCAAUCCCUCUCACAUCCAGAACAUGGUCUCCCGAGCCUCCAAGUAUGACUUCUUUAUUCAGAAACUAAAAAUGGGGGAGAGUCUCCAGCAGCAGAAUGGUAAUGCCUACAAGCGACCCUCCAAGUAUGACCUGGAGAAUGUCAAGUUCCUGCAUCUCUUCAAGCCUGGUGAGGGCAACCCGGACAUGGGUGGUGCGAUUGCCUUUAAGACUGGCAAAGUGGGCCGCCCUUCAAAAUAUGACAUCAGAACAAUUCAGAAGCUGAUUCCAGGGACUCCCGAGGCUUCGAUGAUGCCCAAUGUCCUUGCCACAGCGCCAGGGAACCCGGGGACCCCUGGAGUGCCCACCGUAGGGGCAGCUGGUGCAACGAUUGCUCCAGGUCUUACAAUGGACCAGACAGGCCACAUAAGCUUCAACACCUCAGAUUACCUGAAGUCCAGCUUCUCCAAGACUGACUCCAUUACCACGGGCACUGUAUCCUCUGUAAAGAAUGGCCUGCCACCAGAUAAACCCGCCAGCGACGACAUCAACCUCUACCAGAAAUAUAUUGCCAGGUUCUCUGGAAGUCAACACUGUGGACAUGUUCACUGUGCAUACCAGUACAGAGAGCAUUACCACUGCAUGGACCCGGAGUGUAACUACCAGGUGAGCAGGUUUACCAGCAAGCAGGAUGUAAUCAGGCACUACAACAUGCACAAGAAGAGGGACAACUCCCUGCAGCACGGCUUUAUGCGCUUCAGUCCUCUGGACGACUGCAGCGUCUACUACCAUGGCUGUCACCUCAAUGGAAAAAGCACCCAUUACCACUGCAUGCAGGUGGGCUGCAGCAAAGUCUACACCAGCACCUCAGAUGUCAUGACCCAUGAAAACUUCCACAAAAAGAACGCCCAGCUGAUCAAUGAUGGCUUCCAGAGAUUCCGUGCAACGGAGGACUGUGGCACAGUCGGCUGUCAGUUUUAUGGUCAAAAGACUACACACUUCCACUGCAGGCGCCCCGGCUGCACGUUCACUUUCAAGAACAAGUGUGACAUAGAGAAGCACAAGAGCUAUCACAUCAAGGACGAUGCCUACGCUAAAGAUGGCUUCAAGAAGUUCUACAAAUACGAGGAGUGCAAGUACGAGGGCUGCGUCUACAGCAAAGCCACCAACCAUUUCCACUGCAUCCGCUCCGGCUGCGGCUUCACCUUUACCUCCACCAGCCAGAUGACCUCCCACAAGCGCAAACACGAGCGCCGGCACAUCCGCUCCUCCGGCGUCAUGGGCCUCUCCUCCACCUUCUUGGUACCGAAAGAUGAGCCAGAGGAGUCCAGUAAUGAUGACCUGAUGGACUUCUCCGCCAUCAGCAGCAAGAACUCCAGCCUGAGUGCCUCGCCCACGACGCAGCAGUCCACCACUGUAUCGCACCUGUUGGCCACGCCCACCACCGUAGUCUCCUCCUCCCCAUCCAGCCACACCCUGAAGCCCACGCCCUCGCUGCCCAGCGCAGGCCAGCGUAUGACCAGCCUGCUGUCCCAGGCCCUGCCAAGCAACAUGCCUGUGGCCCUGGCCCUCUCCAACAGCGCCCUGGCCGCCUCCAACCCCUUCUUCCCCCUCAUGCCCAGGUUGCCCCUCCAACCGCCUCCACCUGCUGCUGGCCUAAUAUCAGCUGUAUCCUCUGCGGCUCACUCUAUGCCCACUGACUCACUGACCCAAGGCUGCUCCAUGGCAGGAGCCGAAGGGGGGGCUAUGACGUCGACCCCAACCUCCUUUGCCACCUCCUCCAUCAUGGAAAAGAUCUCUGCAAGCAAAGGUCUCAUAUCACCGAUGAUGGCCCGACUGGCUGCUGCUGCCCUCAAACCCUCCAGCAACCCAGAAGCAGGGAACGGGCAGCCGGCCUCAGCCAACCAGUUCAAUCUGGUUCAAGUGAAGCAGGAGCCCGCGGACUCGGCGUCUGGGGCCUCCCAAGACUCCACACAGGAGCACAGCCUGGACCUGAGCAAGAAAGACAACAGUAAUGAAUCAAACGGACACCCUGUACCAGGGAAUACAUCUCUUUUAUCCUCGCUUAUGAAUAAGAUGUCACAGGUGAACCCUGCCCUCUUCAACGCCAUGAAUCUGAAAACAGAGCUGGAGGCAGGCCAGGGCGGCGACAGCUCGGAGGCAGCGCGGUAUCUGAACCGAGUGCUGAAGAGGCCUCUGCCAGACAAACCCACUGAGAUCUGGAAAACAUACCUGCGCAGGUUCGACACAGAUGACUUCUGUGAGGCUCAGUGUGACUUCCUUCAGAAAGUGCACUUUCACUGCGUGGUAGAGGACUGUGGAGCACUCUUCAGCACCGUGGAUGGGGCCAUAAAACAUGCUAACUUUCACCUCCGAGCCACUUUGAAAGUGAAGUCGGAGCCUCUGUCAACUGAGGGAAAGGACUCCGGUGAGGGAGGCGGAGCCCAGCCCGCCGCUCCCGUCUCUAUGGCCAACACUCCUUCCAUGGACAUGGCGCACCUCACCUCCUCUGGGGGCUACAGCUCACCUCCUCCUUCCCUUCUGGCCUGGAAGCAGCUGACCGGCAACAUCCCCCAGAUGCCGGCCUCGAUGCCCAACCUCCCGGCCAGUUCCCCUCUGGCCACCACGUCUCUGGAGAAUGCAAAGCCACAAGUCAAACCUGGUUUCCUGCAGUUCCAGGAAAAUGAUCCCUGUCUGGCUACUGACUGUAAAUACUCAAAUAAGUUCCACUUCCACUGCUUGUUUGGGAAUUGCAAGUAUGUAUGCAAGACUUCUGGCAAAGCCGAGUCCCACUGUUUGGACCACAUCAACCCCAACAACAACCUAGUCAAUGUCCGUGACCAGUUCUCCUACUACUCUCUCCAGUGUCUCUGCCCCAACCAGCACUGUGAGUUCAGACUGAGAGGCCACUAUCACUGUCUGAGGCCUGGCUGCUUCUUUGUCACUAACAUCACCACCAAACUGCCGUGGCACGUCAAGAAGCAUGAGAAAGCAGAGCGCCGCGCCGCCAACGGCUUCAAAUACUUCACCAAGAGAGAAGAGUGCGCAAGGCUGGGUUGCAAGUAUAACCAAGUGAACAGCCACUUCCACUGCAUCCGCGAGGGUUGCCAGUUCUCCUUCCUGCUCAAGCACCAGAUGACCUCGCACGCACGCAAACACAUGAGGCGGAUGCUGGGAAAGAACUUCGACAGAGUUCCAUCCCAGGUGUUGCCUCUCAGUCACAGAGCAGAUGAGAUGCAGAACGCCCCGGGCAUGGUGUCAGGACCGGUUUCAUCCCAACACGGUAUCACCUCCAACUACUCCAACACUGUAAUGGAUGAGACCGAUGAUUAUAUGGACUACAUGGGGGGAGAUGGCAGUCCUCUGGGCCUCUCCUCUGAAUCCUCCACCCAGGACCGGAGCUGCACCAGCACACCUGUAGGCCACGAUGGCUCCCCGGCAGGACAAGGCUGCCCCGCCACCACUUCUGCUCCUACCACCCCUGCUGACACUAGCGCUACCCAACACGCACCCCCUUCUUCCUCUCCCCCUCCCCCUCCUCCACCACCACCACCACCACCACCUCCUCCUGCUCCUCAGCCUGGCCUCCAGUCCCAGGCCCCAUCCCUCCCUCCCGCUCUCCUCCGACCUCCUCUUCCCUCACUCCCAUACCUCCUCUCUCCAUCCUGUCUGUCAUACUCUCUGCUCAGCGCCUCUCUGGGAGCCACUCGGAGUGUUGUCAUGCCAACCAACACACCAGCUUUCAGCCCCAUCAUUGCCACUCCGUCUCCGGUUAAAAAUGACGUCCCUAUAGUGCAGGAUGCUGCAGGCAAUACCAUCUCCAUUCCCACAGCCACUGGCGCAAAGAAGCGCUUCUGGAUCAUUGAGGAUAUGUCCCCCUUUGGCAAACGCCGCAAGACAGCUUCAUCACGUAAGAUGCUGGAUGAGGGAAUGAUGCUGGAGGGCUUCCGCCGCUAUGACCUGUACGAGAACUGCAAGGACUCAAACUGUCAGUUUUCCCUGAAGGUUACCCACUACCACUGCACACGGGAGAACUGUGGCUACAAGUUCUGCGGCCGCACUCACAUGUACAAGCACGCUCAGCAUCACGACAGAGUCGACAACCUGGUCCUGGAUGACUUCAAGCGCUUUAAAUCCUCACUCAGCUGCAACUUCCCCGACUGCCAGUUUUCAGGCAAUAGCACCCACUUCCACUGUCUGCGCUGUGGCUUCCGUUGCACUGACAGCACCAAGGUGACGGCCCAUCGCAAGCAUCACGGCAAGCAAGAUGUGAUCAGCGCUGCAGGCUUCUGCCAGUUCAGCUCCAGUGCUGACUGUGAGGUCCCCGACUGCAAAUAUAAGCUGAAGUGCUCACACUUCCACUGCACCUUCCCUGAGUGUAAGCACACGGUGGUGGGCAUGUCCCAGAUGGACUCCCACAAGAGGAAGCAUGAGAAGCAGGAGCGGGGCGAGCUGCCGUCGGUGUCGCCCAAACAGGAAGGAGUGCACCACUUGGGUGGGGGUGUGUCGGCGGUCGCUCCUGCCUCCAUGGGUCUCUCUGUUUCUUCACCUGGUGGUCUCCACGGAAUGUCCCACACCAUCAACAGCAGCACUCCCUCCAUGCUUUAUCCAGGAGGAGGCAUCGGAUCUGAGUACAACCACCCCUACCCGCCAACCUCCAUCAGCCUGGACAGCUCCCUCAACCUGAGCACAGACACCAGCAGCUCCCUGUUCUUCCUCAAGAAUGCAUCCGGUCUGGGUCUCAGUGACUCUCUGGACCUCAGUAAGAAGAUGCACCACGACCCGGUGCGAUCCGGCAACAACAGCGCACACCAACUGGGUCUGCCGGCAGCUCAGGACGACACCACGGGAACAUCCGGAGACGCUGAAGACGACCUGUCACCGGAGGAGGAGGCGCACAUCGAGGAAGAGGAGGAAGAGGUGGACGACGAAGAAGAGGAGGCAGAUGAGGAUCUCAACAGUGACUCGAAUGACGAUUCAAUGCCAGAACCGGACGGUGAAAAGGACAAUGGGGAGGGUUUUGAUGCUUCCGUUAACCACACUGAUUCUUCCCAACUGGAAAAGCAAGAUGCUGACCCUUGAAAAAAAAAAAAAAAAAAAAAAAAAGAGAGAACAGUGACUGUAGAAAACUGAAGAAAAACCCUGUGUACUAUGAACAAACAAAAAUGAAAGUGGCCUCAUUUAUCAUGUUUAGAGACUUCAGAUGACAACAAAAAACAACAGCGUGGAGAAAAUGACGGCCCGAAAUGAUUUAUUAUGAUGUUUACAAGAUGACCAACAUUAUUAAUUCAAUUAUGCAUUAAGAAAAAAAAAUGAACGGAGACACACCGAAUUAGGCCCUGUUUUACAAACGACAGGGCAGCAAUGUAAAACAUUUUACUACACAUCAGUCUUUUUGUGUGGGUGCAUGUUUGACUUUAAUUUAUUUUUAUUUUUUUCACUUUCUUGUGUGUGGAAAAAAAAUCUAGAAAAACAAAAACAAAUCUCUCUAUAUAACUAUAUAUGUAAGUGUGUGUGUGUGUGUGUGUGUGCGCGUGCGUGUGUGGGUGUGCAUGUGUGAGAGAAUGAUGAUCUACAAAAGGAAAUAGCCGGCACAGUCAACAUGAACUGCAGUGGGUACAUAUAGAAAAAAGGGAAGUGGAUCACUAAGGGGAAGCAGAAUGCGCUCGAACAUUUUGAUCUUUUUUCUGUAUUAUUAUGAAUAUUAAUUAUUAUUAAUAUUAUUAGACAUUAUAGAGAGGAGGGGGCUGCCUUUUGCCGGCCCCCCGUCUCUCUCUCAGCUGUUUUACUUUGUUCUCAAUGACAUGUGGAAUUGACCAGUAACUGUUUGGUCAGUCUCAGCUGCAGUCAGGCGUCCAGUAAGCUGCCAGUCUCAACAGUUCUCUUUGACAUUCUGCUAGAAGCGUUCGACUAGCACCAAAAAACCCAAGCUCAGUCCCUGUAAUUUUAUCCCCCCCGCCCCUUUGUCGAGGAAUCAAGUUUGUGUGUGGAUAGUGCACUUUUAUAUUAGCUGACCAUGAUGAUUACAAUGAUGAUAGAUAACUCAUAAGCAUAUUUAAAAAUAUUUUUGUUACCAUUUGCAUUCAUUGCAUUAAAAUGUCAUUUUGUUGUGUUAGUUAGAAGCAUAUCGAUCUGUAAGCAGGCGAGGUCGUGAUUAAUGGCCGGUAAGUCGAGGGGGGGGGGGGGGGGGUCAGACUGACCAGAGGAAAUGAUGAGUCACUCAGAUGCAGCGGGGGGAUGACAGAGGAAGCAUCAGGGAGUGUGUUUUAUGUUGAAAAUGUACAGACCGAAAAUGUCUAAACGGCAUUUUGUUUUCCAUUCACUAUGGCUGUGGUUGAGCUCCUGUUGUAAUGGUUUUUAUUUAAUAUUUAUGUGACCUUCCAAUGAAAAUCUUUAGGGUGUUAUUGCACUUUUUAGGUUCAUUUUUACCGUCUGAAAAAAAUGAUAUAUAUCUUUUAACAGGGAAUUUGCUUUAAAGUUGUUUUAGUUCACUUUUGCUUUGAUGCAUAAAUAGAUGUUAGUGUGACAAAGAACUGUUGUUCUGUGAUUUAUUUAAAGACUGGUUUUUAUUUUGCUUCUGUGAUUGGACAGUUUGAGAAAAAAAGGAAAAAAAAAAGAAAAAAAAAAAAAGAAAGAAAGUGGUUGCACCAGAGAAAAAACGGUGACCUGAUAAACACUAAUACGGACUGUGAUUUCAAUGAAUUCUCCAGAGGUUCAUGGCAAUGCUCACUUACUGUAGAACUAAAUUAUAAAUCUGUCAAAGCCGCUCUCUGGAUUAUUAUAUACUGUAUGUACGGCUGAGGAGUGGACAUAGAUUGGGAAUUAUCUCCUGAGCUUGGCAUUGGGAAAAAAAUAGGGAAUAAUGUGUGUAGACAAUAUUCCUCCAAAUAUUGUUUUGAGAAGAAAAAAAAAAAGGUUGUACAGUAUUUUCCUCUGUAAAAAAUAACUAUAUAUGAACAAAAUGCUCUUUGAUGAACAGCUUCCUUUAAAAAGAAAACCGUAAAAAGGAGAAAUGAAUAAUAAAAACUUAAAAAUUCAAAUAGCCUCACAUUAGUUUGCUUGUGUGCGUGACCUUUUUUAAUUACCGUUGGUCCAGAUUUUUGGAUAAAGUUGUUAUAGCAUUGGCCAAUGCUGUUAUGAUAUUUGCAGUAUAUAUAAAUAAUUUUUUUCAAACUUUGUCAGAAGCUCAAACUAAAAUACACUGAUUUUAAUUAAUUCAUUGAUGUUUCUGUUUUAUUUAACAACUCGUUUAAUUCAUUGUCAUUUUUUGUGUGUGUUUUUUUUUUUUUUUUUUUUCUCAUUCAAUGAAAUUCUUGGUUUAUAUUUACUUUGCUGUGGGCAUGCCUCGUUCACAGACUGAACUGUCUCCCGGGACUCUGUUUGCACAGCAGAGGCGUAACUACACUUGUUUUGUUUUCUCAUUAUUUGCCGAGAUACCUGUAGGAGCUGGGAGACAUUGUGCACUUGAAUUUAGUUUAUGUGUGUGUGUGUAUGCGUGUGUGUGGGUGUAAAGUAGCAGGAUUUGUAAAAAGUUGAAAAUAAAGAAACUAUAAUUAUUAUACCAAUACAUACUGUAUGUAGUGCUUCAGCCUGAGGAGGUUUUGAGUCACGUGUGGGCGGAACCCGUGCUGCUGGGCAACAGCAGGGCAAAAGGUCACUGCAGUGCUCCCUCUCUGUCUCUUUUUCUAUCUAUUCGUGACACUACUGAAGUGUGUGUCUGUGUGUGUCCUCAUGAGAAAGACCGAUAGGCCGCGACUGUAAGAAGAGAGACCUGUUGGCUCUGUCCCAGCUGCUCAGAGCUUCAAUUCAUAUUUCAUGACCUUGUGCAUCUUUUCCCCCGCUUUGUUCUGCUAUAAAUCCGACUGGGACACUUUUUUUGUCACAGAAUUUGAAGAAGAAGAAGAAGAAGAAAAAAAAAACAUCUGCAUUUGUGCAGGUAGAGGGAAUCAACAAUAUUUGUUGUUGGGGUCACGCGUUGUUCACAAUUUGACGUUCUGCUGCGAGAACAAGAUCAGACCCGAGGACCAUUAGGGAGAUUUAGAUGGCUGGCGGUGUCUUGUUCAGUGUUAACAGGGCACAUUUAUUUUUUUAGUUGAGUUUUUUUUUUUUUCUUGCCUUGAGCCAUGUGCUGGUUCUCCUCCCACUCCCUCAUGUCACCCAGUGGCCAGAGCGCUGGUUCUGUCUGUCCCCUCGUCUACAGCUGUUCCUGUCCUUCCUCCUUCUCUUCCUUGUGAUGUUUUUUCUAAUAAAAAAAAAGAAAAAAAA